GGAAGUAGGUACGUGGCCGCUUCAGCUGACAGUCUACAUGAUGGCGACAGAGGUUCAGAGCGGCGACCUCGACAGUGCUACUUCCAGCCGGCUCGAAGUGUCUAUCGAUGGCCUCACCCUCAGUCCCGACCCGGAGGACGAGCAGCUCCAGGCCCAGGAGCCGGAGCCCGAAGCCGCGGAGCCCGAGACCGACACACCGGCUGCAGCGGGAGGGGAAGAUGGAGAGACAGCCAGAUCAGCCAUAGAGAGGAAAUGGGGCUUUCCUCUGCUGGAGCUGUAUGGAAUGGGCCUUCAAUUCUUCAAAGAUAAAGAUGGAAAGGCCUUUCACCCGACAUAUGAGGAGAAGCUUCGGCUGGUGGCUCUGCACAAACAGGUGUUACUGGGUCCUUAUAAUCCUGAUGCUUCACCGGAGGUCGGUUUCUUUGAUGUCCUGGGCAGCGACCGCAGGAAAGAGUGGGCUUCCCUAGGUAACAUGGAGAAGGAGGAGGCCAUGGUGGAGUUUGUCAAGAUGCUGAACAAGUGCUGUAACCUCUUUGCUCCAUACGUCACUUCACACAAGAUCGAAAAGGAGGAGCAGGAAAGAAAAAGGAAAGAAGAGGAGGAGCGUCAGCGUCUGGAGGAGGAGGAGAGGGAGCGACAAAGACAGGAGGAGGAGAGAAGGAGGCUUGAGGAGGAGGAAAGGCUGAGGAGAGAGGAAGAGGAAAGGAGACAUGCAGAGGACGAACGGCUACGGAUUGAGCAGCAGAAACAACAGAUAAUGGCGGCUUUGAAUGCGCAGACGGCAGUGCAGUUCCAACAGUACGCUGCUCAGCAAUACCCCAACAGCCCGGAGCAACAGCUGGGCCUCAUCCGUCAGCUGCAGGAGCAACACUACCAGCAGUACAUGCAGCAGCUCUACCAGGUGCAGCUUGCCCAGCAACAGGCGGCCUUACAGAAGCAGCAGAUGCAGGCGGAUUCGAUGGUGCAGGGCUCCCUUGAAUCCAGCGGCUUCAGUAGUGGUGAACCCCUCGUCGCCUCAGCAGCAGGACCGAUGUGUGCAGCUUCACCUCCUGCCGGGGAAGAAGCCCCUACCAUCAAUGGAGGCCAGUCAGACUCGUACUCUGAGAGCAUGGACCGGGAGCCUGAGCCCGAGCCGGCAGAGGAGGUCUCAGAGAACGGCCCUUUAUUAGCUGACUCCCCACCAGUCAUCGCCGCCCCCUCCAUGUGGACACGGCCACAGAUCAAGGACUUCAAGGAGAAGAUCCGGCAGGACGCAGACAGUGUGAUCACGGUGGGCCGCGGUGAGGUGGUGACAGUGAGGGUGCCCACCCACGAGGAGGGCGCCUACCUGUUCUGGGAGUUUGCCACGGACUAUUACGACAUCGGCUUUGGGGUCUUCUUCGAGUGGACGGACGCUUCUACUGCCUCUGUCAGCGUGCACGUGUCAGAAUCCAGUGAUGAGGACGACGAUGAAGAAGCUGAUCCCCCCAGUGAGGAAGAGAAAGCGAAGAAGGAGGCGGGGAAGCCCCAGGUGGAUGAGAUUGUGCCGGUGUACCGGCGGGACUGUCAUGAGGAAGUGUAUGCUGGCAGCCACCAGUACCCCGGCCGCGGAGUCUACCUGCUUAAGUUUGACAACUCCUAUUCUCUCUGGCGCGCCAAGAGUGUUUACUACAGAGUCUACUACACCAGAUAAGCCUGAAAACAGACACAGGGGAGCCAAGGAGUGUGUUCAUAUAUAUGUGUGUGUGAGAUGUGUGUGUAGGUGAAGAUUUGUAUGAUGGCAGCCUGUAUGCUUGUGUGUGUGUGUGUGUGUGUGAAGGAGAUACCAGAUCUGUUCUGGACAAAACCACCAGAGGGUGACAAAGUGACACAUCUGGAGCCCUAGAUUUGAUAAUUGACUAAUAUGUGUGUACUUUGUGUGUAUGCGUGUCUCAUGAUACACCCAUGCUAGAGCCUGUCAUCGAGCCCUUGGAAGAGGAGUGUGUAUUCCUAUUGUAAAUCCAUCACCGGUCCUCACUGCUCUCACAUAGACCGAGCUGUAGGACUUCGCUCUCAUAUUGUAUUCGACCACCUUUCCCCCUGGGCUCCUCUUCUGUCAGCACCCAGCCCUACACUGUCCAAAGUGGCCUUGUGGCUGCUUCUGCCCUGAGUGAGACGCUUUCAUAGCCGUCAACGGAAACCAGGCAACCAAGCACUCUGCGAGCCAACGUUUCCUGUUUGGUCGUAAUAGUGGUUUGUUGUUUAUCCCACACGAACACAAGACAAUAUUGAAAAUCGAAUUAUAUUGCAAAUGUACUUCAUAACACUAUGCCUCUGGUCCAAGAGAGCCUUUGCCAAGUCUCUCUCACACAUUAAAAACACCGUUGUACACAAACCAUCUUUUUGUUGUAAAACAGUAGUCUGUUAUUCUCUCCCCUAUUCACCAUGCAUAUGUGAAGUUUUGAGAAAAUGUUCAGUGGAAGUAGUGCUCUUUUUGGCUUAUCUCUGGACAAAAACAGUCUGUCUUUCCCCUUUAUUUCUUCAUAUAAUAUGAUUGACAGAGAGCACCAGGAGUAGAUAUUUUGAAAUGGGGUCUGCUGGCAAAAUGCAUGAAGGACAGGCAAGAAGUCAUUCCAUGGUUACUGUCAUGAGUGUUAAGGAGUAAAUAUACAGUAGAAUGAAAUGCACAUGGAAAAGUAGGCCCUAGGGCUUUAUAAACUCAAGCAUCUCAGUGUGUUAUUCAGAAUAAGACGUUAAAAAACAUGAUCAAAUACAUCAUUUGUUCUCUCGUUUCUACAUUACUGAUUACAUAAAAUCACCCAGUUUCCUUUGCUAAUUAUUCUACAUGAUUGAAUCAAGAAAAGGAGCUAGUAUUACUACAAAUGUUAGAUCUUUAUUAACCCCGGAGGUUUUUGUGUUUGAGUUAUGAGAUGCUGCACUCAGCUCUGACAAACAAAUACUACUUAAAAUAAAGAAAAUCCAUCUUUUGGAGGUCAUGAUACAUUGUUACAUCUCUGCGGCGCUCAAAAAACAUCUAAUUCCAUACACAAAAUGCAGUGUUGGUCUGUUUCUUUUUCCUUUCUGGUAUGAAUGAACUCAAAUUGUCAUCUCGAUUAAGGUGUUGUGAAUAAACUAAGAUGAUGUAUUUGUUGGUGACGUGGUUGCUUACUUAACUCAGUUGGGACAACUUAGUGUAAUCAACUUUUGUUUCUUAGUUAAUUUGUUGCCAUUCUUGAGUUUUUUUUUUUUCUGUUGUUCAGUUUCACAUUUACAUGUACAUGCUUUAUGUACCUACCACCUUGGUGCAUUUCGAGCAGUGUGUUUUACUUUAUCACUCAUCGAGCUGUAUUUGUACAUUGUGUGUGUAUGCAACCAAUCUUUGAAGACACAGUGAUGGAGAAACUUGCAAAUUGAAUAAUCUUCCAAUGACCUUGCUGAGUGUAAGUUGAUAUUAUUUAAUUAAAGGCCACUCCUGCCUCCCAUCCAUUCAGUGAUUUGUAAAAACAAAAUGGCUUAAACAAGCCAUACAGUUCAAGAAAGUUCCCAAAUGUUCUGAUGUGUGAUGUUUGUUUUUCUUAUUGCUCACCAAAUGGUUUGAGUUGACUUGUUCAAGCCUUGUAUGUAAAUAAUUCUAUAAAUGAGUUUAUGUAUGGGUUUUUAGAUGUGGAAGAAGGCUAUGGUUUUGAGAAUCAGUGCUCUGUAAAAUAUGGUGAAUGAGAUAUAUGUAUACAUUUUAACCCGAAUGAAAGUCCAAAACUCGUAGAAAGUUUAAAACGGUAAGACUAUUGACAUUACAGACAGAAAAGCUCAUCUUUUUGUAUUGUUUUGACUUGAUUAAACCUAUGUUCAUCUCUAAAA